UGUCAAGGGUGGCGGAGAAUGAAUGAUGGAGGGACGCUGGGCUGGUUAACAAGGGAGAAGAGGGAAAUUAAGGAGUCUGAUGGAAUAAAAAACAGAAUGCAUGCAGUAAAAAUGAAGAUGCCUGUCGCGUUUCGGAUGCGAUCGUCUCAGUGAACAAGAUGAUCAAAUUGUGCUUAAUAUGAGAGAAGAGCAAUCAGUGGAGUCCAGGUGAUUCUUGCGAGGCUCCACCUCGGAGAAGGAGAAAAUGAAAUGAUGUGGAAAUGAAAAGCAUCGCAGCUCCUCUCCGACCACAGCAGCAUCAUUUGCUUUGGUCGUGGGAUUUUUACAGAGAACUGACUGUAUACCUGUAUAUCUUAGGCAGAAGGCUUAUUAGUCUUACAGUAACAGAUCGUGCAUAACGAAGACAUGGCAGAUGAAAUCUCAUCAGUGUUUAUAGUUAGCAAGUAUCUGUCAGUAAUAUAGGCAGAUUCCCGUCUGAGAAACGUGCAGUAAUAACACGGCGCAACAGUCAGUCGUUUGUGUGCAGCUAAGCAUCUCUGUGUAUUUUGGUUGGUAGGUAUUUCGAUAUAUUGGACUUUAUAUACCCUUAGUGUCGCUGAGACGGAAGCUAGUAGCUAUACCUCUCCUAACGGGACACUGAUUUCCAUUAAAUCCCUUGAUAUACUCCCAUACUUCGCUUAGCUACCUAAGCUAAUGAGCAGUUCAUCACUUAGGUCAUGAGCUGUACGACUGAGCCAGAUUUACCUACAGGAUCCAGUUAAAAAAUAUAUAAUUAGUUUAAUUUCAAUUUGGCUGUCAUUUUGUCCACCAUUGCGACAGAUGGUCUUCGGUACAUGUACAAUACGACCCAGCUGUAAAUGCAGUGACUGUUAGAAGUUGGGCACCUUUGCAGUAUUUGCAUUCUGGACUUAAAUGAUCCCGAUCAUGAUCUGCUAGCUCAUCCAUUCACACCAGCUGUCUUCUCUGUGAAUAUCAAUGACCCUUUUGGGGGUCGAUGGAAGAGAAGGCUAUCAGCACGCCUACCAUGGUCUCCAGGCUCCCCAAGUUUGGUGUCCGCCCUGAGCCUGGCUUGGCCUCUCAGCCGCAUGGAUCUGGCCAGUCGGCUCCCAGUAACGAGGGGAAGGGCACUGGCCUGAAGAGGCCGAACGGAAUGGUGCGCAUUCCCUCGUUUUCACUGAAAUGGAAGAAGGAGGGAGCUACUACCCCUCCCAAUCCUGAGGAGGUCGUGUCAGAAAUGGGUGAAGAGUGUAAAGAACGAAAGGUGAGUAGCACGAGGGAGCUUAAGAAACCCUCCACUGUAGCUGCCAUAGUGCAACGGCAGGCUUUGGCUACGUCAACCACGAAUGGAAAGCCUGCCCAGACGGCAGCCAAAGCAGACGCCCAGCCAGCAGCUAAACCGACCGCUAGCGGGAAGCUCGGCAUGAAUGGCGUGAGCGGCAGCGGGGUCAAGGUUCGCGCUGGGUCGGGCCUGCCCCGCCCAAAGGUCAGCUCCGGCUCUGCCCAAGCUGGGCCCCAGUUAAGUGACAGCCUGCAGUCCCUCCCGCCAGACCCCAUGGUUCGCUCUCAAAGCUUCUCCCACUUCAACCAGUCGUCGUUGCCCAUCGCCCCGCCGAUGACGCGCUCCUUCUCCUUCAACAAGGCCGUGGAGUUGGCCAAGCCGCCAUCAAGCAAGCAGACACACUCCCCUAUGCCUUUGAAGUCCGGCCUUGCUUGUGGUAGGGGAUCUAUGAGCAGGCUAGCCGUGCCGUCCAGCGGGGCGACCCCUACUGGCCACCUGAAGAAGCCGCUCCUCCCAGGAUGCGCGCUUAGCAGACCCACGGCUCUAGGCUUCAGGCUGCCUCGACCUUCUCUCAUCCAUAUUCCACGUCCACUCUUAGCUGGGAAAGAGUGCGUUGAUAGCACACCUGUUGACCAAGGCAUGGACUCCAUAGAGACACCUUUGACAACCUCAGUUACCCUGAGUGACCAGGAGGGGGUGCUAGCACCUAAGAGUCAGUUGAGGGGUGACCCGGCUUUACGAGAAACGGAACUCACAACGCACUGUCUGGGGGAUCGGCUGGAAGACAUGUCGCUCUCGUCCGCCUCCUCGCUGGAGCACAACGACACCAGCGAAGAGUACCUUGACGACUUUGAUAACCUGGGGGACGGUGGUGGCGCUCUGCUGCUUCCUGUCCACGGGGGAAGGCUGCUCCAGCCGCAAGCUUACUCUAAUGAUGACGUCCCCGACAACAGGCAGCGGGGAGCCCCCCCCGUUCAGGGAGCCCCCUGCAGCUUCCUGUCAGAUGACCACGCCGGUGGUAGAGAGAGCUUUUCGGCGUGUCCUGCUGCUCUCAGCCUUUCCCCGGUGGUAGAUAUCCCACAUGCCUCGUCUCUGGAGCUCUCCCCGUCCAAUAGCUCUGGUGGCAUUUACAUGUGGGACGAGGAAGGCCUCGAGCCGCUGGGUCCGUCCGUGCACCUCUGCGGCAGCUACGACUCUGACGUUAACAGCAUGGACAUUCUUAACAACCUGGACAACUUGGAGUCAUGUGACUUGGAUGACGAUGACCUCAUGCUCGACGCAGACCUCCCAGAGGAUGGCUCUCUGUGUAGUGAUGCUGACAGAAUGUCGCAGGCUGAACGCUCAGAGAGGGGGGGCAGGCAGGGGCACUGGAGGAGACGUCAGCAUCGCUGGAAUGGGCCUGACCACUUUCAUAAUGACAACAGCAGUGGGUUUCAGCCUUUGGAUGGAUACCAUGGGGCAGCGAUAGGCCGCAUAGGACCCCCCCGACAAAAGCACAGUCCACAAUCUGAUGGCCACAUGGUGGGGUUUGACGAAUCAAUGCUGCGGCACAUGGCCCAAGAUUGCUCCUCCGUCAAGUCGCAGCUCCUCAGGCUAAAGAACCUUCUGCAGAUGGAGAACGGGGUCAGCCUCCACAACACUGUGCCGCCAGAACCGCCGACCCCAGAACCAAGUGAGAACUUCAGCUCUGCCGCACAGGUGGAGGACCUGAGGAGGGAGGUGCAGGAGCUCAAGGAGGAGCUGAGGAGAAAAGAGAAGACGAUCGCUCAGCUGACCCAGCAGCUGUCAUCUCGUGCCGAGCCAUCGAGGUGUCACUGCCAGCAGAGGGCGCUGUUACCCAGGACGGAGAGACGUACGCAUCACGAUAAGGCCACACAGACACCCUGGAGAGGACACGCUCCUCAAAUACUACAGUCUUCCAACCCAGCCUGCCGCAAAGAACACCUCCAGCGGGAAAAGCUGCCAAGAAUAGCCCCCACAGAGGACCCCAGUGAUGGUCCUACUGAAACCAAGGGUGACAAACUGGCCCAAGGCUUGACCCCGUCACCCCCCAGCGCCGCUAACGCUGACUCAGUCCUGCCCACGCCUGAUGCAGAUGAGCUCAGCUUGCUUCUCAGCAUGCAACUCAAAAUCAAUGACCCCGAAGCCCCUCCUGAUGCACCAAGGGCUACAGGGAUGGCCCUCGUCCCGGGUCCACGGCAUCCACCAAUCAGAGUGCUGCCUACGGAGAUCUCCACCAGCCCCUUUGAGGGACCACUCCCAGGCAGCCGACCUCGCAUCCUGCAGUCACCACGUUUCCACAGUAGGGUUUGCAUCCCAACCCUGGUGCGAGAGGCGAUAGCUCUUCCCGGUGGCAGGUUGGGGAGUGGAGCUGCAGGACCUGGGGAGAGGCAAGGCUCCGUACCAGGCCACGGGGGCGUACAGCUACCGCCACCAUCAUGGGGACUUCCCAGCUUCAGCUAUGCUCUUCAGGCUUCAAGCCCCGUCCCAAACCCUCCAGGCCGUACUCAGGCUUUUAGGCAUGUAAGGGCCCGUUGUCCAGAGGAUGCAGAGGGAAACUUCCGGCAUACCGUAGCGGUAUCCCCCUCUUACCACUCUCGCCUUCCAAAGCCAAAGACACAUUGACCUGCUUGGCUGACACGGUUAGAAACUGAUACCUGUGGUCAAAUUUGCAGAACCUGAAUGCAGUUGUGCAGUUUUUUGUUUAUUCUCUAACCUUUAAAAUAAUAAAAUUUAGGCUGCUUAGAUAGACUUAGAUACAAGUACAAAUAUGAGGCAUUUAUUUAGGAAGGUUCAGUACUCUCGGAAAAAAACAUCAUAUAGACGCUCCUCUACUUAUGAACUUUCAGACAUAUAAGUCCAAAUUGUGUCAUUGGGCUCCCUUUUCCUGUCCGCAACAUAAUUAUUUUUUUUUCUGCGUGCCAAUUCC